AUGAUGCAGAUCGUUGCGCUCCUCUGCCUCUAUUUGGCAAUAGUUGGUGGAUCGAGUGUGCCCACCCGAAAUCAUAACAACAACGGUGCUGGAAGACAUAUUACACUUCAGGUGCCAGCUCCCCCUCCUGCUCCUGCUCCUGCUCCUGCUCCAGCACCAUCUCCACCAAAAGUGAUUAUCAAAAGGCCUGCCCACUAUCAUCCUCCGCCGCCACCGCCGCCACCAGUUUUCUUCCCACCGCCGCCGCCGCGUCCACAUCAUCAUCAUCAUCAUCCGCCACCGAAAUGUAAUUGCCCGCCUGGCCCCCCCGGUCCACCGGGUCCUCCAGGACUCCCAGGCAUAACCGGAAAACCAGGACGUCCAGGCGAUAAAGGUGAUAAGGGUGACGAUGGUCUAAAGGGCGAUAAGGGAGACACGGGCGCGAGGGGCGAUAAGGGUCCCGUUGGUCCGCAAGGAAUUCAGGGACCACAGGGACCUCAAGGGCCGCAAGGACCACCCGGACCUCCAGGCUCCCAAGGAUCUCAAGGACCUCCUGGCCCCCAAGGCUCGCAGGGAUCUCAAGGCUCACCGGGAACACCUGGUAUACCAGGACCUCAAGGCGCUCUAGGACCACCCGGUUCCUCUGGAUCUCCUGGCUCGCCUGGGUCUCCAGGAUCCCUAGGUCCACCAGGACCCCCAGGACACCCUGGAAAGCCGUCACCUGUAUGGUCUGUGCCUCCAUCCCAUCACCAUCCACCGCAAAUAAUUUACCCAUAUCCUGUGCCCCCACACAAGGGACCUCACGGAGAACACCACCAUCAUCAUCACCAUCAUAAAGGGGGACAUCCAUCUAAGCCGCAUAAGCCCCAUAAGCCUCAUAAGCCUCAAAGCACCUACUACGAGGCCUACUACAGUACCCACAACAACAACAGAAGCACCUACUACGAGGCCUACUACAGUACCCACAACAACAACAGAAGCACCUACUACGAGCCCUACUACAGUACCCACAACAACAACAGAAGCACCUACUACGAGGCCUACUACACUACCCACAACAACAACAGGAAAACCUACUACGAGGCCUACUACAGUACCCACAACAACAACAGAAGCAUCAGAAAGGAAAAUUACGAAAUCAACAAUAAGAGCUUAUGA